GCCUCCACAGUGCCAACCCGAAGCCAUGCAAAUGUUACGAAUGCGGCAAAGCUUUUAGUACAAAAUCAAUUCUGCGCACCCACAUAGAGGUGAUUCACCUGAUGAUCAAGAAGGUCAAGAACAUCCCCUGCCCUCAGUGUCGUAAGAUGUUUUGCAGAAAAUCUGGCAUGUUGGAGCACCUGAACAACGUUCAUCGCAAAAGCUUGCAUCCCUGCUCCCAUUGCGAUAAGUCGUUCUGGAACGAAUCAAGUCUCCGGAAACAUUGGAAGCAAAUUUAUUCAGAUGUCGGAGGUGAAAUGGGGUUAGAGGGAGCUGCAAUCAAAAUUCCUAAAGCUGGUGACGAUGAUGUCAACGUAGUGAUGGACGUGGAGGAAGGUGAAUUCAAAAUUGAAAUCAAUCCGUACGACGUUUUACCUCCUAUCGACGAAGAGACGGGCGAUGAUCUGUUGCUUCAAAGUGAUAACGAAGGCGAUCCUGUCACUGAGGAAGCACCAUCAUCAACACCCUCGCCGCCCCAAAGAUCGGGACUAAUUUCACUGAAAAAUCAGACAGCAGGAAUACAACGAAGGGUAAAUAAGUUAAUUAAAACUGCUAAAUAAUUGGUCCAUGGUCCAUUGAUGCACCAUCUCGUGACAUGGUCUAUGGUGUUUUUUCCUGAUUUUGAUAUUUUGAUAAACCUGAUUUAAACCCGAGGACAAAUUUAAAAACUAAAAUUAUGGCUACAGGCAUUACAGAUCGACCUGAAAAUGGAAGAGGAGGAUACUCAACUUACAAACCUGGAGCCACCAACUCUUCAAAAUUCUGAUUUUAACGGCUCAGAAACUUCUUCUAUGACACCCCACCCUACGGCGAAGCUGCUCUGCUACCAGUGCGGAAAGGAGUACGCUAAUAGUAAAUCUUUAAGAGUGCACCAACGCCUUCACGGCGCCAACCCGAAGCCAUUCCAAUGUGACGAAUGUGAUAAAGCUUUUAGUCAAAAACCGGAUCUGACCAAAAAUGGGGUCCACCGGGGAAUGAAGAACUUCACGUGCGCCGAGUGCUUUAAGAAGUUCGACCGAAAGGGUGGCAUGUUAGAACACCUGAAGAGCGUUCAUCUCAACAUCAGGCACCCCUGCGAUCACUGCCACAUAUCAUUCAUGGCGAAAUCAAGUCUCCGGAAACAUUUAAAAAAAGCUCAUCCCUCAGAAUUGUUCCAUGAUCUGGCAAAUGACCCCCCACCUCGAUUGUAAACAGAACCAAUUGGCGUUUCAACUUCUUGAUUUUACUGACUGAAUAUUUACUAUUCUUAUAUACUUAUUUUAUGUUUUGAAUUCUGUAUGCAAAU